GGAAAGGAGGCAAGGAGGACGUAGAACCCGUCCAAGAGGUAUGCCGGGAGGUGUGCAUGUUGAAAUCGAUAGAUGCGUCGUAUGUGUUGAUUGGGUCAGUCAUUCUUGCCUGUCUGCCUGUCUGCCCUGUCAGACCCCGCUGUGCCCUAUUGAUUCCAAGCACUGAUCUCUGCUGACUGAGCCAACCGUUCCUCAUCAACGCCGCCAUGUCUGACGCCGCGUCAAGCCACACCAUCUCCUCUGAGAUGCUGCAAAAAUCAUGGACGGUGCGCUCACAUCGACAGAGGGGCGCGGGUGUCUGUCCAUCUGCGAUGUCAUCAUGUGCACUCAGAAUUGCGUCGUGCGACGGACCGAGAGCGGCAGCAGUAUAAAAUGCGAAUCGAGGAGCUCACUGCUCAGAGAGAUGAGUGGAAGCAGCGCUGCCAGCAGGUACACAAACAUAGGCAAGAGACGAACACACAACUGUUUAAGUCCCGUGCGUGUGUAGGCCGAGGCGAAGCUGAAGGCCUUCGAGCAGGAGCCGACAUUGGCGAGUCUCCAUUGGGAGGGGGGCGUGUACCACGGCAAUGUCCGCAAUAAGAUGCCCCACGGCGAGGGCAUUCUGCGCACACUCGACGGCCAGAACUCAUUCUACGAGGGCCAAUGGGCGGACGGCAAACGACACGGCAAAGGCAAGCAAUACGCCCCAUGCCAGGUGUCCAACCAGCAACGCCAAAUGGAGACCAAAAUCUGUCUCGUGUAUGAGGGCGAUUGGCAAGACGGCCAGCGACAUGGCAAAGGCACUGAAUACGCCCCGUGCCAGGUGUACGACCAGCAAGGCCAACUGGAGACCAAGAUGUUUCUCGUGUACGAGGGCGAGUGGAAAGACGGCAAGCGAGAGGGACAGGGGAAGGCCUACUAAUGGAGUGCUGCGGCUGUGUUGUGUUUUGAGGGCGACUGGUGGGAGGGCCUGGCCCACAGCGGCACCCUCUUCCCUGACGGCGACUGGGUCGGACAGAAGAAGGCUGACGGCAGCCCACGGUGGCCCAUCAAGCCCAUCCAAUGGCAGGCCGGACAGAAGAUACCCAACACCAACCUGCGUGCCGGAUGGGGCAAAUUGCAUCAGUACCUGCAGUCUCGGGGUCUGACUGCGUAUUUCCCUAAUUGUGCACUGAGAUAGCGAGUGUGACACUCUGUCUGGUAAUAUCUCUGUUUGCAUCGAGGGAGAGAGAGGGAGCAGCUGUCGUCUGUGUUGAGUGUCUUGUGUUUCCAUGACGCGUUGCUCAGUCGGUGUGAAGAUAAGCGGUUGUGACUGAAG